CGCGGGGGGGGCCAUGGGGCGCGGUGCGGUGCUGGUGGCCGUCGCCUACGCGGGGCUGCUGCUCCUGGGCGCGCUGGGGCUGCGGGCGCUGGAGGGGAGCCCCGGGACCCCCCGAAACCCCGGGACCCCCAACGCCUCUGAGUGGGACCUCGCCACCGCCCUCCUCUUCGUCACCACCCUCCUCACCACCGUGGGGUACGGCUCGGUGGCCCCCCUCUCGGCGGGGGGCAGAGCCUUCUGCGCCGCCUACGCCGCGGUGGGCGUCCCCGCCACCAUGCUGACGUUGACGGCGGCGGUGGGACGCUUGACGGGUCCUUUGGUCGACCGCCCCCGGUUGUACCUCCAGGCGCGUUGGGGUUACAGCCGGCGGGGGGCCGCCCGCGCCCACUGCCUGGCGACGGCGGGGCUGGUUUUGGGGGGGCUGGUGCUUCUCCCCGCCGCCGGCUUCUACCUCGCCGAAGGCGACUGGACCUACUUGGACGCCGUCUACUUUUGCGUCAUCUCCCUUUGCACCAUCGGCUUGGGGGACCUCGUCCCGGCCGAGCGACCGGGUCACCCGUUGAGGCAACUCUACCAAAUCGCCGUAGCCGCGUACCUGCUCUUGGGCUUGGUGGGCGUCUUGCUGUUGGCUCAAGCCUUCCGGCGGUUGGCCGAGCUCCACGGCGUCGCCGGCGUGUCGCCGCCGGCUGCCGGCGCCGGAGAAGGCGCCGCGUUGUUGGAGGGGGCGAGGGACGGGCUGAAAGCGGUUCGGGGCCGGGGGGCGGUCAACGGGUAGGACCGAAGGUACCCCCCCGCC